UCCCAGCGCAACACGCACUCGGGGCCCCCGCCCCGCGGCGCCUCUGCCCCGGAGCGCUUUCCCCAUCGCCCGCCCGUUUUCACAGGGAUGCUCGCGCUUUCGCCCUGGAGAUGUCACCUCUUCCAGGUCCCAGGAGCGCCAUGUCACCCUAUUCCUGCGGCCCACGGUGCUCGCUGCCGCACUGCAGAGGGGCCCACACAGGGCUCUACUGUUUGAGCCGUCUCCCCAGCCCGACGUGUGCGCCCGGAGGCCGGGGCGUUACCUGCUGUCCUCCCGCGCCCCUCCCCAACCGGACACAACCCCCAGCCCGGCGUGCGGCGCACAAGAGCUGCCCGGGAGCACGCAACGCACAGGACUCCGCCAUGCGCUGGCGAUGGAGGGAGCCAACUCGGACCGAGGGGUUUCCGCGAGGCGGUGUGGGGUCGACACGAAGCUGACAAUGAGCGCAGGCUCCUGCGCGGCAAGCCCUAGGGGCAGCCUCACAACGCGCCCUCUGGCUCCGCAGCACUGUCCUAGAGGGGAACGCGAGGGGGGCAGCGCGGCGUGGAGACGCUCGUCCCACCCAACAGGCUCCGCUCCAAACAGAAUGGACUGCUGAAUUAUGAAGUAUUUCAGACCCAAUACCAGGACUGCACUCUGCCAUUCACUCCUUUAUCGUCUACUAGUUAUUUAAAUUGAACUUUUAAUAUCCUGCCAGCUGCUCUUCAGACACACAUGGUGCAUUGUUGCCAUUCCCCGGAUUGCAUCUUUGAAACACAGGCUCUUAGUAACCUUCAGCGAACAAAGAGGCAACCUCCCGGGUACACUAACUGGGAGGGUGUCACCCUGACUGCCCUCUAGCUUUUGCUGCAUCUCAAUUUGAAUUCACCAUGGAGCCUCGCAUGGAGUCCUGCCUGGCACAGGUGUUGCAGAAGGAUGUGGGGAAACGACUGCAGGUUGGCCAAGAACUCAUAGACUAUUUCUCAGACAAACAGAAGUCUGCCGACCUUGAGCAUGACCAGACCAUGUUAGAUAAACUUGUGGAUGGACUCGCUACCUCUUGGGUGAACUCUAGCAAUUACAAGGUGGCUCUUCUGGGCAUGGACAUCCUAUCCGCGCUAGUCACCCGGCUGCAGGAUCGGUUCAAGGCUCAGAUUGGCACAGUGCUGCCAAGUUUAAUAGACAGACUGGGAGAUGCUAAAGACUCCGUGAGGGAGCAGGACCAGGCUCUGCUGCUAAAGAUCAUGGAUCAAGCUGCUAAUCCCCAGUACGUGUGGGACCGGAUGCUGGGCGGCUUCAAGCACAAGAACUUCCGGACUCGGGAAGGCAUGUGUGUCUGCCUUGUCGCCACACUCAAUGCCUCCGGAGCACAUACUUUGACACUAAACAAGAUUGUGCCACAUAUAUGUAAUUUACUUGGAGAUCCAAACAGUCAGGUUCGAGAUGCAGCAAUAAACAGCUUAGUGGAAAUUUACAGACAUGUAGGAGAACGUGUGAGGGCAGACCUCAGUAAAAAAGGAUUGCCACAAUCCCGGUUGAAUUUAAUUUUUACAAAAUUUGAUGAAGUCCAAAAAUCUGGAAAUAUGAUACAAUCUGCAAAUGAUAAAAAUUUUGAUGAUGAAGAUUCUGUGGAUGGUAAUAGACCUUCCUCUGCCAGUUCUACAUCAUCCAAAGCUCCACCAAGCUCACGGAGAAACGCUGGAAUGGGGACCACCCGGCGGUUUGGAUCGUCCACUCUCGGGUCUAAGUCUUCAGCUCCAAAAGAAGGAGCUGGCGCUGUUGAUGAAGAGGAUUUUAUUAAAGCCUUUGACGACGUACCUGCAGUGCAGAUUUAUUCUAGUCGAGACCUCGAGGAAUCCAUAAACAAGAUUAGAGAAAUAUUAUCUGAUGACAAGCAUGAUUGGGAGCAAAGAGUAAAUGCUCUAAAAAAGAUUAGAUCUUUACUUUUGGCUGGUGCUGCUGAAUAUGAUAACUUCUUUCAACAUUUGAGACUUUUGGAUGGAGCCUUUAAACUAUCUGCUAAGGAUCUGCGGUCUCAGGUAGUGCGGGAGGCUUGUAUCACGUUGGGGCAUCUGUCAUCAGUUCUGGGGAAUAAGUUUGACCAUGGAGCUGAAGCCAUUAUGCCAACUAUCUUUAAUUUAAUCCCAAACAGUGCCAAAAUUAUGGCCACUUCUGGUGUUGUAGCUGUUAGGUUAAUCAUUCGGCACACACACAUCCCUAGGCUAAUACCUGUGAUAACAAGCAACUGUACCUCCAAGUCUGUUGCAGUUAGAAGACGCUGUUUUGAAUUUUUAGAUUUACUUUUACAAGAAUGGCAAACACAUUCACUGGAACGGCACAUAUCAGUAUUAGCCGAAACGAUAAAGAAGGGAAUACAUGAUGCCGACUCUGAAGCCAGGAUAGAAGCCAGAAAGUGCUACUGGGGGUUCCACAGUCACUUCAGCAGAGAAGCAGAGCACUUGUACCACGCGCUGGAGUCCUCCUACCAGAAGGCCCUGCAGUCCCACUUGAAGAACUCGGACAGCAUCGUGUCUUUGCCGCAAUCCGAUCGCUCGUCUUCUAGCUCUCAAGAGAGUCUGAAUCGGCCGCUCUCUGCCAAAAGAAGUUCCACUGGAAGUAGCGCCUCGAGAGCUUCUACCGUCAGCACCAAAUCUGGGUCAACGACUGGGUCCCUCCAGCGAUCCCGGAGUGACAUCGAUGUGAACGCAGCGGCCAGUGCCAAGUCCAAAGCCUCGGCUUCAGGCUCCGCGCCCUUCAGCUCCGCAGCGGCCUUGCCUCCGGGCUCAUACGCAUCCUUAGAGUCCAGACGCAUGAGGGACGAUGUGGAGUCCGUAGGCCUUGAUUCAGAUGGUACUGCCACUAAAGCGGAGGGUCGGAUUCGUACGAGAAGGCAGAACUCCGGGAGUACCACCAAUGUCGCCUCUAUACCUUCUGAUAAUCGAGGCCGCAGUCGCGCUAAAGUGGUUUCACAGUCCCAGCGAUCCAGAUCUGCUAAUCCUGCUGGUGCUGGCAGCCGGUCAAGUUCUCCAGGGAAAUUGUUGGGAAGCGGUUAUAGUGGCCUUGCUGGGGGUUCCUCAAGAGGCCCGCCGGUGACACUCCCUUCAGAAAAACGAAGCAAGAUUCCCAGAAGUCAGGGAUGUAGCCGAGAAACAAGUCCAAACCGAAUAGGAUUAGCACGGAGCAGCCGUAUCCCUCGACCCAGCAUGAGUCAGGGGUGCAGCCGCGAUACCAGCCGUGAGAGCAGCCGAGAUACAAGCCCUGCUCGGGGCUUCCCUCCACUGGCCUCUCGACGGCAUUCCAGGUCCACUAGCGCUCUCUCCACUGCUGACUCUGUCGGGCAGUCAGACCGGUUUGGGCUUGGCCAGGCAGGAAGAAUACCUGGUUCUGUGAAUGCCAUGCGCGUGUUAAGCACAAGUACAGAUCUUGAAGCUGCUGUUGCUGACGCUUUGCUGUUAGGAGACUCCAGGAGCAAGAAGAAGCCUGUGAGGAGGAGAUAUGAGCCCUAUGGGAUGUAUUCUGACGAUGAUGCCAACAGUGAUGCCUCGAGCGUUUGCUCUGAGCGCUCGUAUGGUUCCAGGAACGGCGGCAUCCCCCAUUACCUGCGGCAGACCGAGGAUGUGGCAGAAGUUCUCAACCACUGCGCCAGCUCAAACUGGUCAGAGAGGAAAGAAGGGCUUCUGGGCCUGCAGAACUUACUGAAGAGCCAGAGAACACUGAGUCGAGUAGAAUUGAAAAGAUUGUGUGAGAUCUUCACACGAAUGUUUGCUGACCCACAUAGCAAGGUUUUCAGUAUGUUUUUGGAGACUCUUGUUGAUUUUAUAAUAAUUCAUAAGGAUGAUUUGCAAGACUGGCUUUUUGUUCUUCUCACACAAUUACUUAAGAAAAUGGGGGCAGAUUUACUUGGAUCUGUGCAAGCGAAAGUUCAGAAAGCUCUAGAUGUCACAAGGGACUCCUUUCCAUUUGAUCAACAAUUUAACAUCUUGAUGAGAUUUAUUGUGGAUCAAACUCAGACUCCUAACCUCAAGGUCAAAGUUGCAAUCCUGAAGUACAUUGAGUCUCUCGCCAGACAGAUGGAUCCAAUUGACUUUAUAAACUCUAGUGAGACCAGGCUUGCUGUUUCUAGAAUUAUAACCUGGACAACAGAACCAAAGAGUUCCGACGUGAGAAAGGCUGCACAGAUUGUGCUAAUAUCGCUGUUUGAAUUGAACACUCCUGAAUUUACUAUGUUACUUGGUGCCUUGCCCAAAACAUUCCAGGAUGGUGCCACCAAACUCCUGCAUAACCACCUCAAGAAUUCCAGUAACACCAGUGUGAGCUCUCCGAGCAACACAAUUGGCCGGACUCCCUCCCGACACAACAGCAGCAGGACCAGCCCCCUGACCUCACCUACCAACUGUUCCCACGGGGGCCUGUCUCCAAGCUUGCUGGACAAUGACACAGAGAACCUGAACUCUGAAGAAAUCUAUAGUUCUUUGCGUGGAGUUACAGAAGCCAUUGAAAAGUUUAGUUUUCGAAGCCAAGAGGAUCUGAAUGAGCCAAUUAAACGAGAUGGCAAGAAGGACUGUGAUAUUGUAUCCCGGGAUGGUGGAGUUGCGUCCCCUGCCACGGAGGGCCGGGGCGGCAGUGACGUGGUGGAAGGAGGCAGAACAGCUCUGGACAACAAGACCUCCCUGCUCAACACCCAGCCUCCGCGCCCCUUCCCGGGGCCGCGGGCGCGCGACUACAACCUGUACCCCUACCCGGACACCAUCAACACCUACGACAAGACAGCCCUGAAGGAGGCCGUGUUUGACGACGACAUGGAGCAGCUUCGAGAUGUGCCCAUUGACCAUUCGGACUUGGUGGCGGACCUUCUGAAAGAGCUCUCCAACCACAACGAGCGCGUGGAGGAGCGGAAGGGCGCCCUGCUGGAGCUGCUCAAGGUCACCCGGGAGGACAGCCUGGGCGUCUGGGAGGAGCACUUCAAGACCAUCCUGCUCCUGCUCCUGGAGACCCUUGGGGACAAAGACCAUUCCAUUCGCGCGCUGGCGCUGAGAGUUUUACGGGAGAUUCUGAGAAACCAGCCAGCAAGAUUCAAAAACUACGCCGAGCUGACGAUCAUGAAGACUCUGGAGGCUCACAAAGACUCCCACAAGGAGGUGGUGAGAGCCGCCGAGGAAGCUGCGUCCACUCUGGCCAGCUCCAUCCACCCGGAGCAGUGCAUCAAAGUGCUCUGCCCCAUCAUCCAGACGGCCGACUACCCCAUCAACCUGGCUGCCAUCAAGAUGCAGACCAAGGUCGUGGAGAGGAUCGCCAGGGAGUCCCUGCUGCAGCUGCUGGCUGACAUCAUCCCGGGCCUGCUGCAGGGUUAUGACAACACUGAAAGUAGUGUGCGGAAGGCCAGUGUGUUCUGCUUGGUGGCAAUUUAUUCCGUAAUCGGAGAAGAGCUGAAACCUCACCUCGCACAGCUCACGGGGAGCAAGAUGAAGCUGCUGAACUUGUACAUCAAGAGGGCGCAGACCACGAACAGCAACAGCAGCUCCUCCUCCGACGUCUCCACGCACAGCUAAUGGCGGCGCGCUGUCCGAGCCGCAGAGCAGCCGCGGUGCCUCUCACAGACCUUCCCGCCCCUCGUAGGCUCCGUCAGGGCGAGGAGGCCACGCAUAUUUAUUACAAUCAGUAUUUGGUCCCUUCCAGCUUUCGUGUAGAAUCUUACUGGCAUUGAAUGUAAAGGAGCAAGGCCUGUUUUGCGUCCGCACACACAACGGCAGGAGUGAAGAGCCACGCGGUGUCCAGCGCUGAGGGCACGCGGGGCGCAGCGUGCGACACCCGACACCCGGCGGGGAGGGAGCGCCCGGAUGAGCAGAGGGUGUGGCGGUCUGUGUUCCUCUUUCAUCUUAGCGUCCUGCGUCCUGGACGUGGCCGUGUAGGGCAGGUUCCCUCCCCUCCACCCCAGCCGACGCCAUGAAAGGGUUAGUUGUGCCUCUUUAAGUUGUAUGUUGAGACCUGCUAAGAACGUGGAUCACGUGGCAGGGUGGAGGGCAAGCUGCGGAGGGCCUCUGGCAGACCCGGGUGUUGCGUCUGUGCCUGGGCCAAAGGCUGCCGCCCUCGCGCUAGUGCCCGCGCCGUGCCCGGUGCUGCCCCGCUGCCCGCGGCUCCCGGGCCUGCGGAAGCUUCUUCAGGGGCUCCUCUCGGGCCCUGGGUCUUGGUCUUUCUGACUCGGCGCUGUCGUCUGUCCCUCCUGCCCCCCACCCCCAGCGUUUGCUUAAGCUGCGCAGUUCUAAAGCGUUCUCACUGAACCGGGCGGCUCCCGCUUUCUGCCGCUGCUGUCAUCGAGGCGGCUCCUCAAGGACACUCCCCUCUGGCCCGCACUCGCUUCCAACACCCUCUGCAGCUGCUGCAGCGGGGUUCCCCGUCUUCUCUCCCUGCCGCCCUUUAUUUAUCAAACAUAACACAUCAAAGAACAGCAAGCAGGAACUUUGUAGAACCCGCAGGACUUUGCUGGCAGUGACGCUUGGAAGUGAAAAGAAAAUGCUCUAAAAGAUACCGGCCACCAAAUGUUUGGUCAGCGCUGUGUGUGCACGCAUGGUCCCACACCCCCCGGUUGGGUUUCUGUUUUUUGGUUUUAUUUGGGGGGGCUUUUUCACGUUUCACUCUCUAGUGUAUCAUGCAAAUGUACAGACUCUUUUGUUAAUAAUGUAGGAUUUGCUAAAAAAUAAAAAAUAAAAGAACC